UUUCAUAUAAAAGGAGGCAUAUCGCCAAAGUAAAAUCAUAGCAGCGCAAGCCAACAACAAGAAAUAAAUAAUUGUACGAGAACAAAUUUAAACCCGUUUAAAAAUGAUGCCCCAAUCCGCGACAAUUUUUGUAAUUUUGUCAAUUUCCGUCUCCGGCAUUUGUGGGGACAAAGGAGGAAAAUUUUAUAUUGACGAAAAACCACCACGCAACAACGACAAGGCGACCUUAUCAACCAGUGACUGGCUUGUGAAAAGGGUCGCCACGCUGGAAUCCUACUUGAUCAACGAGGUCAACGAUUUAAAGGGCGAGAUGAUCUCUGCGCUAAAGUUGAACUCGAACGUUACCUCGUUGAACAUGCAGGUGGAAAUGGUACGGUGGAAUUUGCAAGAAAUGACGCGAAAUUUUGCGAAGGUCAAGUCAAACGCGGUUCCAGUUGGAUUCGUCUACAUGCAACUCCCAAAUGAGAAGGAACCCUCCGAAGUGUUUAGUGGGAUGACGUGGAAGGAAAUUAAGGAACAAGACAAAAAUUAUGAAGCCGUUGAAUUCAGAUAUAAACCGGAAGCGAUUAGAGCUUGGAGAAGGAUUAAGUAAGAAAGUGAGUAAUUUAAGGAUUUGUGUUCGAAAUAUAAAAUUAUAAUUUUACAAGAAACAGUUUUAUAAAUGUUUUACAAUAAUGUACUUAUAUUCACAAGUAAUUAUGGAAAUUGAGAUUUCAUUCGUAGGAGAAGGAAAUGGAUAAAAAAGCUAAAGAUAAAGAUUGAACUUGUAAUUUUGAAAUUUUUGGCAGCAGGGUUUAUGAUCACGCAGAUGACAGAGAAUGGUUUUUUCGUCAAUGUGGAGCCGUAAAAGUUUUCCAUAUUUAAGUAGAUAUGUAUGUAGGUAUUCUCGCAUGUAUGCAUCGGGAAGAUCACUCGAAUUUUAUGUACAGACAAAAUUGUGCCCUUGUAUAUGUAUGUUUGACGCUCAUAAAGUACAUAAUAUAGACAAUGUUUAAGUCGGUGGUCUAAUAAAAUAUCAGCAAUACAGAAUGAUUAA